AUGGACGUUAUGUUGCAAAACUGCCCUGGAAAGAAGAUCAUUCCGUACUUCCUACAAAUUACGAAAUUUGCAGAAAGCGUACAGAAAACACAAUUAAACGACUUUCAACAGAACCGGAUAUACUUAAAAAACUAUGGACAAAUCAUAAUUGAUCAGUUUAAACGCGGUUUUAUUGAAAAAUGUGAUACAAAUGUUACCACAUCAAACCCUGUACAUUAUAUUCUACAUCAUUAUGUAAAGAAGGACUCGAACACGACACCUAUCCGCAUCAUGUAUGACUGCAGUUGUAAGUCACGUGACCAGCCUAGUCUGAACGAUUGCUUGAUGUCGACACCACCUGAACUGAAUGAUUUAACUGGAAUUCUUAUUCGUUUUCGAAUUAAUAAAUACGCCAUAGCAACCGAUAUUGAGGAAGCUUUCCUCAACAUUACUCUUGACGAGAACGACCGAGAUGUGACGCGAUUUCUAUGGCUCAGUGAUCCUUGUAACCCCAACAGCGAAUUGACAACAUAUAGAUUCCGAGCAGUCCUUUUUGGGGCUACGUCGUCCCCUUUUAUUCUCUGCGCAACUAUACUUAAGCACCUUGAACUUAACAACGACAAGAAAGCUAGCGAAUAUCUACGUCAAGAUCUAUACGUUGAUAACGUGAUAUUAAGUUUCCAACAGGAAGAACAACUUCUACAAUUCUACAGCGAGUCACGUGAGCUAAUGUCAUCUGCAGGUUUUAACCUUAGGUCCUGGAGUUCAAACAGUGAAAUGCUUCAAAUACAGGCAAUCAAUGAUUCAGUAUUAGAUAAUGCACAAACUCCUAAAAUACUUGGAAUGAAAUGGGACACAAAUAGUGACAUUUUACUGUAUCCGGUCAGAAACAUACCAAAUACCCAGAUUGUAACAAAGAGAGAAAUAUUGUAG